AGAACCGACCAGUUGCUCACCGUACACUAGCUCACCGUCCCGCAAGGCGCGAAGGACCACCGCUAGCCAUGACCACCAUCCCAGCCCGCCUCGCGCAGACCACGCGUGUAUCGAGAAACCCAUCGGAACGCCGUAUGCGCGUCAUUGACCUCUACCGCGACUGGAUUCGUGCCGCCCCCGAAGUCUGUACUCUGUAUGCCAUCAACGUCUCUCCCCAGGAAAUUCGGCACGCCAUCCGGCAGAGGUUCGAGCAGCACCGCUACGUCUCCGACCCGCGCGCCAUCGACGUGCUUCUCCUCAAGAGUCAGCAAGACCUCCAGGAGACGCUCAACUGCUGGAAACAGACCGAUCACGUUCUGGGCAUUCUCCUCGAAACCAAGCAACGGCCGCAGAAGUCGUUCAUGCAGAAGUUCCUGGAAGGGCGGGACGAGGACGCCAUCACGCCAGCUGCGUCGGGUGUUGUGUAGACGAGGUUUUGCUGUUCAUUGCCCAUAAUAGACAACCAUCAAUCAUUCUCUUCCUCGUCUGAAUGCACUAGGCUCUUGUGCCAUCACGUCGACGAAAGCCUUGUCCUUGGCCUUCGAAAAGAGCUGGCAUUACGGUUCAACGUUCAACAGCGAGCGUAUUAACCAUUCGCAAAGUAAC